GAGAAUGCUGGGAAAAAGAAGCUUAGUGAAGAGUCGCCAUGAUUCUCCCUCUCCAGACAGACGCAGGUUAAGAUCCUCCCUGAUUUAAAGCAUGGCAAAUUCCUUUGCAUCGAAGAACUUCACUGCACUUUCAGAUUUGCAUCCAAAUAUGGCUAAUCUGAAAAUAAUUGGUAUAGUUAUUGGGAAAACAGAUGUCAAAGGCUUUCCGGACAGAAAAAGCUGAGUUCUAUUUAACUCUUUCUUAAUUUUUCAUUAAGUAUGGCUUAUGACUGCAGCAAAGUACAUUUAACUGACUAAAAUUUCUGUUCUAUUUAACAGAGCAAUGACCAGGCCUUCUACAUUUAUGGUCAUACUUGAUUCAAGGCUGUAGAUAUGAAGACAUAAUAUUUUCAAUGAUUUAAUGUGAUAUUCUCCAACUAUAUUUUAAAGGCUUUAGGAAAUAGUUAAUUGGGCUGGAGAGAUGGCUCAGAGGUUAAGAGCAUUGCCUGCUCUUCCAAAGGUCCUGAGUUCAAUUCCCAGCAACCACAUGGUGGCUCACAACCAUCUGUGGUGAGAUCUGGCACCCUCUUCUGGCCUGCAGGCAUACAUACAGACAGAAUAUUGUAUACAUAAUAAAUAAAUAAAUAUUUUAAAAAAAGGAAAUAGUUAAUUAAGUUUAUCAAUUCGUUAAUUUUUAGUUUCAUAUUACCAGAUACAAUAGAGUAUGAAUAAAAGUAUGAACUUGAAAAUAAUAGAUUUACUGACCUUAAUCACAUAUGUAGCUCUGGCUGUCCUGGAAUUCACUCUGUAGACCAGGCGGUCUUGAACUCAGAGAUCUGUCUGCCUCUGCCUUCCAAGUGCUGCAAUUAAAGGAGUGCACCACUGUGCAUGGCCAAUUCAGAUACUUCUAAUGAGAAUGGGUACGAUGGACCUGUGGGUCAUCUUCACAUUGGGUAGAAGAUGGCAGAAGGGACCAGGCUGAGAGGACAAUGGUCACAUGGAAUAACAACAGGAGCAACAAAACAUUUGGUCUUGGCGGUGAAUGUCUGUAAUCCCAGCACUUGGAAAGCAUCGGCAGAUUUAGGUUUUAUUUGUUUUUGAAUUUUUAUUUAUUUUAUGUGUUUGAGUGUCUUCUCUGUAUGUGUCUGGGGCCUGCAGAGUUCAGAAGAGGGUAUCUGAUGUCCUGGGACUAGGGUUACAGUUAUAGUGAGGGUCCUGGGAAUUGAACCCAGGGUGUUGGAUCCACCUGGAAGUACAGGUGCUUGUGAGCUGCUUGAUGUGGGUGUUGAGAACUGAGCCCUUAACUGCUGAGCCAUCUCUCUAAUCCUGCCUAUAUUACUUUUUAAAUUACCAAAAGCAACAGAGGAAAAAAAAUCCUAUUCUGAAAAAAAAUGACCUUGCUGACCUCUAGUGGUGCUUGAGUUGCAUACAAAUUGUUUUGAAACAACUAUUCAGAUAUGAAUUAUGACUCUGGCUAAAGCUUUUCCUUAUCUUGUUGUGUCUCACCUAUGAAAUAAUACCCAAGUAGGAUUUUGUGAAUAUAAUAGUUGAAAAACGGGCAAUAGUGAGAUCUAGCUACCAUGGCUGCUUAUUACACUGUAUGUGGAAGCACAUGAAAGCAUAGUGUGGUAUCGAAUAUUCAUUAGGGGAUGAUCACAAAAUCAAGAGGAUCACCAAAAGUCCACGACUAGCCUGCUCUACCCUGUCUCACAAACAAAACCAAAACUAAAUAAAACAGGGCAUAUACAUAAGAAAUAAUAUUUUCUAUCAUAUGUUUAAACAUUUUAUCAUCAUCAUUUUGUUAAAUAAUCAUUUGUUCAAAGUCAUAUUCACCUGAAAUAUAAAAGCGUUAGUUUUUCCUCAGAUAUUGGAUCAGAAAGAUACACUUUCAGUUUCACCAUUCGUGAUUCACCAGCCCAUUUUGUGAAUGUAUCGUCCUGGGGCAGUGAAGAUUACAUCAGGCCGCUGUCUGAGAACUUUAAGUGAUAAUUGAAAAUCCCCUGAUCCAAAGAAAGGAGACAGAAAGAGAAGAAAAGUUCAGCCCUGCAACUCCUAGCAACUGGAAACUACUGCUCAGUGAGAGUCACUCAAUGGUAAAAGUUUGUUCCCCUUAUGAAGUGGAUACCAAGUUACUUUCUUUGAUACACUUGCCUGUUAAAGAAUCUCGAGAUUAUUACUCAUUGACUGACAUUGUUGCAAAUGGACACAAUCUUGAUGGGAGAAUUAUUAAUGUGCUUGCAGCUGUGAGAUCGGUUGGAGAGCCAAAAUACUUUACAACUUCAGACCGAAGAAAAGGCCAGAGGUGUGAAGUUAAACUCUUUGAUGAAACAGAGCCUUCUUUCACAAUGACAUGUUGGGAUAAUGAAUCCAUUCUACUUGCACAGAGCUGGAUGGCACGAGAAACAGUAAUAUUUGCCUCAGAUGUAAGAAUAAAUUUUAACAAAUUUCAGAAUUGCAUGGCAGCCACAGUAAUCUCAAAAACCAUUAUCACAACUAAUCCAGAUGCCAGAAGAUGGCACUGGAUCCCCUGGGAUUGGAGUUACAGCUGGUGUGAGCCACCAUGUGGGUUCCAGGAACCAAACCUGGAUACACCGGAAGCCAAUAUCCUUCUGAAUUAUAUAAGAGAAAAUAAAGAAACAAAUGUGGCUGAUGAAAUUGACAGUUAUUUGAAAGAAUCCAUAAAUGUAAACACAAUAGUUGAUGUCUAUACAGUGGAACAGUUAAAAGUAAAAGCUUUGAGAAGUGAAGGAAAAGCUGAUCCUUUCUAUGGCAUCCUCUAUGCUUACAUUUCUACACUAAACAUUGAUGAUGAAACUACCAAAGUGGUUAGAAAUAGAUGUUCCAGCUGUGGUUAUAUUGUAAAUGAAGCUUCGAACACUUGUACAAUUUGUAACAAAGAUUCUUCCAGACUUAAGUCAGUUUUUCUCAGUUUUGAUCUAUUGGUUGAUCUUACUGACCACACUGGAACACUCCAUUCCUGCAGUCUCACAGGAAGUAUUGCUGAGGAAACUUUGGGUUGCACGACAAAUGAGUUUCUUGCAAUGACAAAUGAACAGAGAACAAAACUGAAGUGGCAGUUUCUUUUGGAAAGAAGCAAAAUUUAUUUAAAAUUGAUUUCAUCACACAGAGCAAGGGCUGGACUGAAAGUUAGCAUACUCUCCUGUAAGCUUGCAGAUCCCACUGAAGCAAGCAGGAACCUGGCUGGACAAGGACACACUUAAAACCAUUUUUUGUUCCAAAAUAUGUUAAAGUAUAGAAAGUUGACUCUUUAAAAUGGAAUGUUUGAAAAUUACAUGUAAAAACAUUGCCUAAUGUAGUGAAACUAUUUCUUAGGUUGUCACUGUUUCCUACCUGGAAGACCAUUUCUAACAGCUUUGCUGUCCUCUCACACUGGAAAACAGUUGCUCGUGUACAGUAAUAAAUAUGCUUGAUCUUC